AUAUUAAUAGAGCCGCAGCUGUGUGUGUUGUCUUCCUCCUGUGACGUAACCCCAACAGCAAAACUGCCAAGAGAUGUCCUGUCACCGCAAAACGACAAACACCACUCUGAACAAAAUGACAACACCACUAGUCACAACAAACCGGGAGCUGCUCCGCUUCCGCUUGCCGUGGCGACCCAACGGUGGGCUCUCGGUGGCCGAAUAAGGCGCUCUUAACACGGGGAUGCGUGGCUGAACGACACUCUGAAAGUCUGUCACUUAUCAUUCGGUGUUUUGCAUGUUGGCGGCGAUCGCGUGGAAUUCAAAACUCUCUUGGUUCCUGUAAAAGGGCACCCCCUCCCAAAAAGAGCCACCUUGCAGGAUGCAGCAACAACAACAACAACAACAAAGAGACAGACCGUCUGCUUUAGCGUCCAUCUUUAGCAUGCUAGCACGGAGCUAGCUCGUCUGUAAUCAACAGGUUGUUAAAGUAGACACGUCUGACGAAGGACCCAGAAGUCAAAGACCUGGACCUGGCUUUUAAAACCUCUCCCUGGGAUCUACAUGCCAUAAGACCACCACUGGAUUGCAGCGAGUGGAUGCUAUGUGGAGUUUAAGACCCUCCUAAUAAAAAACAAAACAAAAAAACAAAACAGAACCCGACAGUUUGAGCGAGAUGGACCUGCCUGGACUCGGACAGCGGGCCUGCUGAGAAAGGAGCGGAUGGAUUAGCGCGAGUGGCUUGCGCUCGGUUUCUGCUUCCCAUUACCAGAGCGGACGGACCUCUGGGGCCCAACUGAGCCGCCUCAAGAGAACUGAUGCCCAGGCCCGGAAUCUGGCAGAAUGUUUUAGUAACCUGAUGAACAGCCGAGAGAUGGUAAGGAAGAAGAAUCCCCCUAUCCGGAGCGUGGGAGGUGAGGAAGAGGAGGAGGAAGAGGGGAGGAGGCCGGCGGGCGAGGAGGAGGAGGACGACGGCGAGGAGGAAGGGCGAGUGGCAGCCGAGGCCGACCGGAUAAGCCGCCCCUCCGAACCCGAGGAGUGCGUCCGAGGCGGAGAUGAGGAGCAGGACGAGGAGGAGGGAGAAAGUGAGUGCAUUUCCUCAUCUCUCUCGCCCUCGUCUGUCGGCACCGAGGAGCGAGGCGGGAGGCGGGGAGGAGGCGGAGGCGGAGCGGGCAGGACCCCGCAAGCAGGACCCAGACCCGAGAGCCGGUCGGACCCCGAAGACGGCGACAAGGCGCGCGACGAGGAGGAAGACGGCGACCUUGCCUCCCCUCGCCUCUCCACGCCGCGCCUCCUCCCUGCGAGGCAAGAGCCGGGAGGCGAGGAGUCGACCAUGGACACGCCCCCGCUCUCCUCCAGCCCCUCCCCCAAGCUCCAGGACUUCAAGUGCAACGUGUGCGGUUACGGUUACUACGGCAACGACCCCGCCGACCUGGUGAAGCACUUUAGGAAGUAUCACCUCGGCCUGCACAACCGCACACGGCAGGACGCUGCCCUCGACACACACAUCCUGGCUCUCCACAACAUGGCGCCCCCACACACACCUCUAGACUUCCAGGCAGGACAAGGACCCAGGACCCAAGCCAAAGAGUCUGGCAAGAGCAGGUCGGAUCUCCACAAUCAGCAGCACAGGACCGUGAUGAUGAAUGGCACAUACGACGUCCAGGUGACGUUGGGCGGCACGCUAAUCGGAAUCGGCCGUAAGACCUCGGAUUGCCAAGGCAACACCAAGUACUUCCGCUGCAAAUUCUGCAACUUCACCUACAUGGGCAGCAAUUCCGUAGAGCUGGAGCAACACUUCCUGUCCGCGCAUCCCAAUAAAGUCAAAUCCCCGCCAGCCACGCCCCUGCUGGCCAACGACAACCAGGGUAAGGGGAGGGGCCCGAUUUUAGAGGGGGCGGAACGAGUGGCCGUUCGAGCUGAAGACGACUCUCUUGUCGGCUAUUCCAUCCCGAUCCGGGCGGAUUCAUCGAGAUGGCCGGCGGAGGGACAGCAGGGGGCGUACUACUGGUGCAAGUUCUGCAGCUGGAGCUGCGAGUGGACGGGGGGGCCAGCCAAGCUGUUGGAGCACUACGAGCAACGACACAGGAUCAACACGAGGAGCCCCCACGACUCCUCUCCCGGAGACAGAGGAAUCAGACGGGAUGGAGACUUAUCCAAAAGUCGCAAGGAUCUUUUGUCCGGCUCCAACCAAGGCGAUCCCAACAGCGGCGACACGGACGCGGUGGUCACCAGCUACAACUGUCAGCUGUGCGACUUUCGCUACUCCAUGGCCCACAGCGCCGAUGUGAUCGUGGUGGCGCCGUUGCUGCUGCACUACCAGCACAAUCACUCCAUCCAGCGCUGCUGCAUCCAGCACUGCAUGUACUGUCCGCGGGGGCUCUGUCAGCCACAGAAACACCUGGGCGAGGUGUCCCACCCAUUUGCGUGCCGGAAGCCCACCUGUUCCAAAUGUUGUACCAAGUUCCCGCUGUCCGCCAAGCAGCAAGACCCUGGCGGCUCCACACCCCCUCACGCCAGAAGUGACCCCAGUGUGACCUUUCACCCCUCUAAUCCUGUCAUUUCUCAAGGCUCAGGCGUCACCCACUUGUGCGACCAGUGCGCCUACGCCACCGGCGACAUCGACGUGCUGCUGCAGCACUACGACAGCUGCCACAGCCUGAUCAACCUGAAGGGGGCGGCGCCGCACGUCAAGGCGGAGGAGGAGGCUGGGACGGACGGCAAGGAGGGCCGAGGCGGAGGCGAGAGGGAGUACUCGUGCACAAAGUGCCACUUCAUCACGGAGGUGGAGGAGGAGAUUUUCAGACACUACAGGCGUGUCCACUCGUGUUGCCGCUGCCGACACUGCGACUUCACGGCCCCCGACUCGUCGGCGCUCCUGGACCAUUUCAACACGGCCCACUGUCACGAAACCCCGCCUCCGCUAAGCUCCAUGGUGACGCCGUCCCUGACCUUCUCGGCCAAUGGCUGCUCAGCGCCCUCCACCUUAGCCAUCAAGGAGGAGAGCAAGGGGGAUCUUCGCCUGCUCUACUCCCUGGCGCCGCCCGAGGGACGCUUGGCCGAGGGGGGGCGGGAGGAGGUCAUAAAAAGCGAGGGCAGCGAGGACAAAGAAAAAGAGCGGGAGAAAGGCUGGGUCCUCGGGGAGACCAGAGGCGGUGAUCAAGCCCACGGUCUCCUCUGGGUGCCAAAGGAGAGAAUGGGACCCGAAAGAGGGGCAGGAGGCGGGAGCCCCUCGCUUUUCCCCUCCCCGCUGUCAGUGUCGUUUAUUUCCGCCAACCACGAAGCCUCACAGCAUAAACGAGGCGUGGCCUCGCCUAGCAUGGUCUACCUGGGAGAUACCAAGUCCUUUUUGGGAGACGCCAAGCUGUACGGAGGAGGGGGGCGGCCCGGAAGCGGAGCCACCACCACUGCUAUGGGAGGGGAGAAACUGAGCCAGAUGCCCCCUCAGCAGCAAUACGCAGGUGGAGGAAGCGGAAGUGGGGGAGGACAGGAGGUGAAAGCUGCUAAAGAGGAGUCCCAGUCGCUGUUACGGAGGCGUCGAGGCAGCGGGGUCUUCUGUGCCAACUGUCUGACCACCAAGACGUCGCUGUGGAGGAAGAACGCCAACGGGGGCUACGUCUGCAACGCCUGCGGGUUAUACCAAAAGCUGCACUCGACGCCCAGACCUCUCAACAUCAUCAAGCAGAACAAUGGCGAGCAAAUAAUCCGACGGCGGACACGAAAGCGCCUCAACCCCGACACGCUGCCGCCGGAAAACCCGGCGCCCAAGCAGCAGCGCAUCUCCGGCGAGGACCGCGUCAACGGUGAUGAGUCGGGGGAGAGGAGCUGCUCUUCGGUGAAAAGCCAGCAGCCGUCGCCUCGCUCUCGAUCGCCUCGCUCCACACAGGCCUUCCUCGCCAACCAGACCCUGGAGAUCCACAGACGCAUGCCGCCUCUGCUCCUGCCCUCGCAUCCGCCAUCUUCGCUGGCAGUCGAGGGCAACGGGGGCGUCGGGGAGGGCGGCGUGCUGACCAAAAUGGAAGGCAAAGGCGGUGGCAGCUCGGAAAGAGGGAGCCCCAUCGAGAAGUACAUGCGACCGUCCAAACCCUCCAGUUACUCCCCUCCUGGAUCGCCCAUCGAGAAGUACCAGUACCCCCUCUUCUCCUUGCCCCUCCCUCUCACGCUCUCACCAGACUUGACCCCCGAGUCCGACUGGCUCCGAUUCUGGACCAAGUACAAGAUGGCGGCCACCUCUGGCAUGGGCCCGGGAAGCCUCGCCAACAGCUACCUGGGCGCCAUGGCGACGCCGGUGCAGCAGCAACAUCAUCCGCAGAGCUACCAGGUGCCUUACUGCGCCUCCCCUUACUCGCCGCUCCCUCCGCCACCGGCCCCCGCUCACUACCCGGCCCCGCCCCUUCAUCCCCAAACAUCCUCUUCGUUAGAGAGCGAUGCCCCCUUGGAUCUCGCCACGAGACAACGAGGUGUCGCAGAUUGUGCGGAAAAGAGGAAGCAGGAGGAGAAGCGGAGGGGCGGCCGGAAAGGAGAGGGGGACGGCGAGGAGGAGACAGCCGGUCCGAGGACCACGGUGGAUGUGGCGACGCAAGACGAGCCGAGCAACCGCUGCCUCCACUGCGGCAUCUACUUCCUGGAUGAGGUCAUGUACGCCCUGCACAUGAGUUGCCACGGCGACCAGGGGCCAUACCAGUGCAGCUUCUGCCUGCACGACUGUGCCGACCGCUACGACUUCACCACCCACAUCCAGCGAGGCCUACACAAGGACAGGAAGCCUCAGGACCAGCGCCAGGCCACGCCGGAGGAAGGUGACGGAGGCGAUCGUAGUGAGAUGGACGUCGACGAGCGAGCUCAAGACACCACGGACGCCGGCGAGGAGGCCGGUGAUGAGCAGGAAGCGGCCGACGACGGGGGAGAUGUUGCCGAUGCCGCGGCGGAAGUCCCGCCUGAUGCGGCGAAGGAGGACACGGAGGCUCAUUAAUCCCUUCAUGGGACAGAUAAGCUGCAAGCUAGCGCAUGUCGGAAUGAAAAGCCAAUCCCAAUGCUGGAAGCACUCACAAUCACCGCACGGGACCUUCAACGCCUGGCGGCUCGGAACACGCGGUCCACUUUGGGGGUUUCAUCAACCCUGACCAUUUCUCUCGGUCCAACCGGAUUGAAUCUGGUGGUGACCAACGCACGUUCUCUGCUGUGCCAAACCAAACCGGACUGGUGGACACCAGAAGCAACCCCCCCCCCCCCCCCCCCCCCCCCCCCCCACCUCCUGGCCCGGAAUCAAAGACUCCUGGUUCAGUGUGGACGUGGCUCGCCGAUUCAAAGCCAGUCCAAACUGGUUCCCAGUAAAGCCAGUAUAGACUGGUUUAAAGCGGUUAAAAAAAGGAACCAAGAGACUCCGCCUUGUUUUCUAUUUGCCUCCGUGCCAUGAUCCGAGCUCCGUGCCUGCCUGCCUGAUAGAACAUUCUAUUAACCUGCUUAACAUUUGUAUCCAAAAAUAAGAAUAAUAUUGUAUUAGUACGAAAAGAUGCAAUUUCAUAGACUCUUCUUAUAUCAUUCUUCUUUUCUAUAAGGAUUCUUACAAAAGGUAGUGUUAUAUUACAGAAACGGUACAGGAAAAAUUGUGUGUGUGUGUGCGUGUGCGCGUGAGAUUGUGUGUGUGUGUGUGGGUCAAAGAGCGCGUCCGUCCCCCCCAUCAUGGAUGGAAACAUAAUGAAGGUUUGCUAUUUCAGUCCUCAGGGGUCACACAUGUUGCACACCAGCCUGCCUGCGUUUCUGUUUGUACAUGUAGCCAACGUCAUCUUCUCGCUUCAUGGUCGCAUCAGCUAACUUCCUCAUGGCGCCUCGUGGCCACGCAUCCUGCUUAUUGAUCAGCCGCCUGUUGGAGGACAGAAGCUAUUUUUCUACUGUUUACAUUAGAGAGUCAUGACAUGGCUUGUUGGCUUUUGCUCCUCUACCCUGCCUCGCUGCCUCGCUGCCUUAGUUGCUAGUGAACACAAAUCAGCGUGGAAGGAAAUGAAGGAAAAAGCCUUGGAAUAUUUUUCUAUCCAUGAAAGGUUUCCAGCCUAGUGCCUGCUAACGUGUUUUUCUAUCCAACGUGUUUGUGUCUUAAAGGUACGUCACGAUGUCAGCCAUCGGAAUCUUUUUUUUAACGACAGUUAUGACUGUAAAUCAUGUUUGUGGCGCCCCCUAUGGGAUGUGGUCAGAAUGUUUUGGAUGCUAGCAUGCUAGCAUGCAUGCAAUACAGUACACAUAUCCUCGUAGGGUUAAUAUGAUUAGACUAAUGAUCAAUGACUUACGGACAAUUAGUAGCAAAGUAUUCAUGUUUUGUUUGAUGGCGGCCAUGUUUUUCAAUUUGACACACUUGUGCUUGUUGGUCCCCCAAAGGUGUGCCCCAAAUUUUGUGGUCAUUGAGUUAAACGUAAAGUUACAAUGGCUGUUUUGUACAGCUGUGUGAGAAUUUUCAAGUCAAUACGACUGUAUUUUUCUGAAAAAUAAUAGCACAGGCAACACAGCAGGGGUGCAUGUUUUGGAAAAUGUUCGCCCUUUUGUGUGCAGCGCUUUAGGAGUAGAAGAGUUACUUUACACUAAGGUGUGCAAAGUGUAGCCCAGGCGCCAUUUGUGGCCCAUGUCUUUUUUUUAUUGGCCCCGUGGCACAUGUUAAAAAUGGAGAAAAAGGUCCCAUUAUUGUUGGUAUUGAAAUAUACACACCUACACUUGUUGUCAUGACAACCUGGCAGAAAAACAAAAUCCUCUUGCAAAAAAUGCUUUCAUUUGUUUGCCGUUCUUUCAUCAAUAGUAAAAAUAAUAUGCAAUUUACAUUUAGUUUUUUAUGCGACUGUUAGGAAGGGAAUAUUUCCCACGGUGUUCUGGAUGACGAGACCUUUCACUUGGAACAAAAUUGAUUUUCUAGUGCGCGUUGCUUUUUGGUACAAAAUGUUACCAAAUAGCCGUUAGGCGACCUAGCUUCCCAUUUCCCAAGAUUGAACAAACAUGGCAAUUUUGCUUUCCCUUUUUGCGGUUUCGCUCCCAAAAACACGUUUCCCGUGGAAACAAGCGACCUACACGAUAACUUUGUUGUGCAUUUUUGUCCAAGCUGGCACUAAUGUGCCCCAUGGCUUUGCCACCCCCGUCCUGUUAGACGCCAUGGUCUUUCAAAAAAUAGCUUGAUCCCAAAAAAUCCCACCUUCAAACGGGCGCAGUCUUUUGUUGUCAUUUCUCUGUCUGCUUGUCUCAUCGGGAGGCUGCUAGCAUCGCGCGUGGGAAUGUUUACGUUUGCAAAUGUAGCAAAGAAUGAAGUGAGGGGGAGAAAAAGAUGGGAGAGGUUCCCCGAGUCUGCUUGGACUCCUUCCGCUUUCUUCUCCUCGGUAAAGUUAGCCUGGAAGCGAACAGGAAGCGUUUCCGACGUCAUUCACGUUGAAUUGGACGGGACUCGCAUUGACGGCAUUUCACGUUUACAUUGAAGGCCCUGAAGUGUUUGAUUUUCACGUCGCUGUCACUCCAUUUCAUGGCCAAGGCGUACCAACACUUUUUUCUGGCGACUUCAAGAAGAAGGGAGCUAAACAGGCCAGUUGGUGCCACACAUGCAUAGGCAAAAUGUACAUUUAAUCCAUUUUUACUAGAAUUUUUGUCUCCUAUUCAUUUUAUUUUCAUAGAAACGGGAUUUUGUUAUUUGUCGUUUGUCUUCUUUUAGGUUAUUUUUCUGUCAUGUCUUAUUUUAUUCUGUUACCUUUCUGUAUGCUAUUGUUAGUUUUGGAAAAAAUGGUAUUUCAAUUUUGUAUUUUUUUUUUUUGGACCGCCAAGAAAAAGUUUGUUACACAGCUAAACUUGAAAAAAUAAUAUUGAUAAUAAUUAAUAAAAGUAACAAAUAUACUGAAGGUUGUUGUUUUUCUUUUCCUUGUUGACUCCACAUUUCCUCCAACUGCUAUAAAUACGUUGCUGUCUUAAGCCAUAUGCUUCAUGCUAUGCUAGCAUGCAGCAUCGUUUGCAUCAUUUCAUGUGUAGAGGGCUCUAAUUGUGUUAAAAAGCAUUAGUUUGCUUGUUUUACUUAUUUUCUCUUAUGUCUAUUAUAUUGGGUAAUGCGAAUAUGAGGUUCACUGUAGGGGUGUUAUUUCAUGUCUAGAGGGCUCUAAGCAUGUUAUAAAGUGUGCUUAUAAUGCGGUAAACAGGUUUUCUAUGUCUUAUUUUCCCUUAUGUCUACUAUAUUGGGUAAUAUGAGUGUGAGGUUGACU